GCUGGGAGGUGCUCAGAUCAUCGCGUUCGCGGGCCUCAUUGAGACGACAGGCUUCUUCCAGGCCGCCUCCACCACCGACGGCCGAGGACCUCGGGAGGGCCAGUUCGCCAUGAAGGACUCCACGGAGAGCGCCGAGCCCGGAAAUUACGGCGUCGGCUUUCCCAACUUCAUUGGCAAAGUAGAGGAUCCGGAAACUCGCAAGUCCAAGCUUGCGGCCGAGUUGGCGAACGGACGCCUGGCAAUGAUGGCCAUCAUCGGCAUGUUCUUCCAAGAUGGACUCACUGGCUCGGCGUGGGGAGAUUGGAGCCUUUACACCGCGUCUCCUUUGAGAGCCGAGCCGGUCUCAGCUGCAGCAGCUGCAGCCGCCGCCAAGGCAGCCGCUGCGGCCAAGGGCGCCACGGCCACCACGUCGGCUGUCGCUGGCACUGCCGGCGCCGGCUCGCUGUCCAAGGGCGAGGGCGUGGCCGGAAAGAAGGGCCCCAGCCCCUCCUUCGACCCAUCCACGCAAAUUGGGGCCAUGGCUCCUCUCGGAUUUUUUGAUCCGGCCGGCUUUAGCAAGAAGGGCGACGAGGAUGGCUUCCGCACGCUCCGGGCUGCGGAGAUCAAGCACGGCCGCGUGGCCAUGAUGGCAGCGCUGGGUGCCGUG